CGGAAUGUAGACAGGAGGGAAAGGAGUACUGGAACGGGCAAACGGAAUCUGAAGGUUCAAGUUUGAGAAAGCGAAUGGACAGCUGCUAAUUUCUCCAUUUUCAUCGGUCGUCUCUGCGCGCCGUGUUUUAUGAGAGAAUAGAACGCACCUGUUCACAUAGCGUGGCCGUAACAUCCUCCUUUGUAACCAGUUCACCCCAAGUUUGCCUCUGCAGUGGCCACAAACGGGUAUUCUCUUCUGUCGUCCAUUCUGAAACCUGGCGACAAGGCGCAACACAUGGAUAAUCAUUUAGGUAUUGAAGGAUUGGAUAGUCUGACUGGAUGACCUCUGUCCUGUGUUCGGCAUCCCCGUCCUGAGGACCUGAUUAGGAUAUCACGUCUCCAUUUGAUAAACAUAACGGUGGCGGUAGCCUACUCUGAAGGAAACACAAGGAGUGGAUGAAACUACAGCAACUUGGACUAGUAAAAGUCAUUUGGUUCGGACUUAAGUUAAAACGGAGUAAUUCAUGUUGAUCGACGGAGAGCGAUGGGAGCAGCGACGCGGGGAGUAGGGCUGGCCAUGGGGCUUUGGGACGGUGCCAGUGGAUUGGGAUUCCUCCUGCUUUUUCUUGUGGAUUUGCUUGGAACUGCGGCGACUAACCUGGAGCCCAUUUAUUGGAAUUCACUUAAUAAAAGGUUUGGCGAUGAUCGUGGCUACGUGCUCUACCCUCAGAUCGGCGACCGGCUGGACCUCAUCUGCCCGGCGUCGAUGCCGGCCGGCCCGCGCUCCACGGCCGACUACGAGUUCUACAAGCUGUACCUGGUGUCCACGCGCGAGCAGGCCGACCGCUGCGAGGUGAUGGGGGCGCCCAACCUGCUGCUCACCUGUGACAAGCCCAACGCAGACAUGCGCUUCACCAUCAAGUUCCAGGAGUUCUCGCCCAACUUGUGGGGACACGAGUUCAAGACCCUGCAAGACUACUAUAUUAUCUCCACUUCGGACGGUUCGAGACAGGGUCUGGAUAGCAUGCGUGGGGGCGUGUGUGUGACGAGAGGGAUGAAGGUGGUGCUGAAAGUAGGCCAGACUCCAUAUGGCCUCCCACCCAAACCUAAACCUGACCCAGCGCAGCCCAAGAACACUGGUGACAAGGGCACGACCACGUUAACAGGCGAGGGUGGCGGCCGCGAGGGUGACAAGGGCGAGAGCAGUGGCGGCGGCAUGGGGGCCACCAACAUCGCGCUGAUCGCCGGCGGAGUGGGCGGCGCCGUCUUCCUGCUCCUCGUCACCGCCAUCGUGGCCGUGGUGUGUUACCGCCGGCAACAGGCCAAGCACUCGGAGACGCAGCACCACCCGGCGCUCUCGCUGUCCUCCCUGACGCCCAAGCGCGGCAGCACCAGUGCGGUGGGGGCCACGGCCGGCGGGGGGCCCGGGGGCUCCGGGAUGGGGGGCGGCGGGAACAACAACGGCUCGGAACCCAGUGACAUCAUCAUCCCGCUGCGGACGUCGGACUCGGCGUACUGCCCCCACUACGAGAAGGUCAGCGGGGAUUACGGACACCCGGUCUACAUCGUCCAGGAGAUGCCCCCCCAGAGCCCCGCCAACAUCUACUAUAAAGUAUGAGGGUAGGGGGCAUGUGUGGGCACUACCCAUAUCCCACCCCCCCUUUUAUAACCCCCUCCUAUCUACAAUACCUGGUCCUGAUGCAACCAGGAGAUCCAGGAAACGAAGAAGAAGGAAGACAGAGACUUUUGCCGUGCUAACCUACUGUGGUCUCCAAGUUUUGAGACUUUCAAUCCCUCCCCUACAAUUUAAACUCCUCCCCUUCACCAGUUCAACCCUACCCCCCUCCUUCUCCACCUUGCCUCUCCUCUCUGUGGCACGCACACAAACACAUACAGACACAUACAGUACACACAGACAACCAGGUCUAGCCCCAUUGGACAACCAGGUCUAACUUAUUUGGAGCCCCAUUGGACAGCCAGGUCGAGCCUAUCUGGAGCCCCAUUGGCCAGCCAGGUCGAGCCUAUCUCAAGCCCCAUUGGCCAGCCAGGUCGAGCCUAUCUCAAGCCCCAUUGCCCCUUCUGCCAAGUGACUCUAGCCUCCAGCCCCCUUGGUGGUGCUGUUGCCAACCUCACGCUGCCCACAAGGACCAACCAGACUGGACAGGACAGGACUGUUCCAUUCACACUGUGGGUGGCACGGCACAGCCGUGGGCACCAAACUCAGCAAUGACUGUUGCAAGCAGAGCAGAGCAAAGCAAAAGCAGGCGGUUGUAUUUUCUUUUUUUCUUCUUCUUCUUUUCUUUCUGAUCUCUUUUUUGUCUGCGUUUCUCCCCCGUGGUGUUCCUUGGGGAGUGGACUGUGUGAGUGGGAGAGGGCUGGCCUACGGACCGGAACAGGAACAUUUGGAUCGGACUCCCACGGACUACACAAGGUGUUUCAUGAAGCAUGGCUUCACGGCUCUAAAAGAGAAUCAGAUUUGAAACGUGUUCUAGGAAAACGAAGGAAAGAAAAAUGAAGGCUGUGUUGGUCUGUGGGGCUAUGCGCAAGCGCAAGUGUGUGUGUGUGUGUGUUUGUUUGUGUGUGUGUUUGUGUUGGGGUGUGUGUGGUUGUUUAUGUGUGCGAGUGUUUGUGGUUGUGAAUGGUCUGUGUUUUCCCCUCUUUUUUGCAGGGUGUGUUUGUUGGACGUAUGUGUGAGUUAGGUGUGUGGUUUUGUCUUAAAUGAGGAAGACGAAGACUAAAAAAGAACCAAAACCACAAAAAAACAAGCUUUAGUCUAAAACCAAGAUGACAUUUCCUUUUUUUUUCAGAUCACUGUCAGCAUUUAUAGAUGAUAUAUUAUUAACGGUAUGAUAUAAUUACCUUGUAAAGCUCCCUCUCUAACUAGUCCUCCAUCCACGCAUCUCUCUUGGUACAGUAUGUUUGUUUUAACUCAGUUGUCAGUUGACGUGUUUGUUUGUUGUAUCGUUGCUCCACUUGUUUUGAGAAAUAGAGGCCCAGCCGUAACUCCCUUGGUGCUGUCAUUUAUUUCUGUCUGAUUUCUUUUUUUUUCUGUUUCGUUUUUUUUUCCUGUCACGAGGAGAGGAAAAAAAAAAGACAUGAAGGCUUUGUCCUCUAUUUGUCUCUCUUCAUUACUACCACCAACCACCACCAGCUCCAGCUCGACACUCGUCCUCUGAAAUGCCUUCCCCACUCUCCGUCUCUUGCCUCUGUGAAAACAAACACACACACACACACACAAAAACAAUAAAACUAUGAAAGGAAUUUAUUCUUUAAAAAUCAGACUUGGAGGAUGAGUGGGUGAAAAAGAUGACUGGGAAGGAGGAAGCCAAUCAGAGAUGUAAGCGUGUGAGUGUGUGAUUGCGGAGAAGAGCUGGAGAGAGGAGAGGGAUAUUACAAUAGAUGGAGACUGAAGGGAUGGAGAGAUGAGAUGGGCGGAGGGAUGGAGAAAGGGAUGGCGUGAUGGAGGGAAGAUGAGGAUGGGUAGAGCGAUAGAGGUGGAGGGUGAGAGGAGUGGAUAGCAAGGGAAGCUCUGAAGGUCAGAGGUUGCCCUGGAAACGAAAUGCCACUGUUGAACAAACCACAUACAUAC